AGAAGCAGUUAAACCUGAACCCAAAGUACUCGUGCCCAUGAAACCCAAACCCAAAUUCAACAAACCCGAACCCGUCUUAUUCUAUUUCGAGUUAACCCGAACCCAAAGUACUCGUGCCCAUGAAACCCGAACCAAAAUUCAACAAACCCGAACCCGUCUUAUUCGAUCUUCUGAGUUGAAUCUGUCGGGUAACUGGGUAAGAAGAUCCAAUCGUGUGCAUUCACUACUCGAAAAUGGUUAAUUUAUGCUCAUUUAAUCAAUCAUGUUACUAACAUUGUUGUUUAGCAUGUGAAUUUGCAUAUACUUAUGUUGGAAUGCAUAUUGCACAUAAGGUGUUCGAUGAAAUGUUUCUAGUGUAAACUUGUAUUGGUGUAGUCUUCCUGAUUAUUUACUUAAUCUAGAACCUAUGUUUGAUCCAUUAUUUUGUUUAAAGCCAUUUCAUUUAAGUACUCUCUAGUCUCUACCCGUAAAAAUGUGUUUUAUCGAAUUAUCCUACUGCUAUGAAUUCAACAACAUGAUUUUGCAGGUCAACUUCAUUACUAAUCAUAGUUGUCGAUGGCGCCAAAAGCUAUAGCAAAUAGCGUAGCGUAGGGGUGUAAACGAGCUGGGCGAGCCUGAGCUCGACUAGGCUCGAGCUCGGCUCGACAUGUUUUUAUGAAGCUCAAGCUCGGCUCAGUUCGAGCCUACUUAUUGGAGCUCGAGCUCAGCUCGUGAGUAAAACCCAAAGCUCGAGCUCGGCUCGGUUCUAGCCUACUUAUUGUAGUUCGAACUCGGCUGGUGAGUAAAACCUAAAGCUCGAGUUCGGCUCGAGCUAUUUUGAGAACAACCUCAAACGAGCUAAAAGCUCGGCUCGAGUUCGAGCUCGCUUCAACAUCGCUUAAACGAGCCAAAGCUCGGCUCGAGCACGGCUCGCCAAUGUUAUCAUCAUCAUUAUUUUAUUAUAUAUAAAAAAACUAAAACUUUGUUUGGGCUCGUUUAGGCUCGCAAGCCUAAACGAGCUUUGUAUAUCAGGCUCAAGCUCGGGCUCAAUAACUAAACGAGCUCUAUUUCAAGCUCGAGCUCGUUAAGGCUCGGCUCGUUCGAGCUUUUAACCGAGCCGAUCACGAGUAGCUCUCGAGCCUCUGGGCUUGUUUACACCCCUAGCGUAGCAUAUAGGUGCUAUAAAUAGUGGAUUUUUUUUAUUUAGAUGAUUAGUGAUGGCAUAUUUUUAGCACUUUUAUACAUAAUUGGUGUGUUAAAUAUAGUUUUUAUUUUUCUACCUCUUUUAUCGCUAAACAUAAAAUAGCAGGCGCUAUUUCGUUGCUAUGGCUAUGGUCCGCUAUUUGCUAUUGACAACUAUGUUACCAAUGCUUACUUGGAUUAUGUUCACUUUAAGUUGUCUAAAUAACAAAAUUUUAUGCCGAGAAUCACAGUGAAAAAAAUCUAUGUUCUUGGAUCUUAUGUGGUUUAUCCCUCUGAAAAGUCUGCUCGUCGUCGUUUGAAAUCGUUAAAUUUCACCAGCAAUGCACUUGCCAAUCACGAAAAGUACAGUAUCGAUUCAUCAGAAAACAUCAACUUAAUCGUUUCAAAGGUUAAAGCUGGACGAACCUACGAUGAAGUUUUUCACUCUCUAUUACAAGAUCAAGCUUGUAACACGAUACCCAUAUCUCAUAAUCUUGUUUCUCAGUUACUGUAUCGAUUCAAAGAUGAUUGGAAGUCUGCAUUAGGCGUGUUUAAAUGGGCGGAAUCACACGAAACAUACACACCGUCAUCAGACUCGUACGAAACAAUGCUGGACAUAUUAGGAAAAACGAAACAAAUGGAAAAGAUGAUGUCACUACUCGAGCAGAUGAAUCAACGUCAUCUUGUUACAAUCGGCAGUAUAGCAAAAGUCAUGAGAAGACUUUGCGGGGCCGGAAAAUGGGAAGAUGCGGUAAUAAUAUUUGACGAGUUGUGUAAAUUCGGAUUGGAAAAGAACACCGAAUCGAUGAAUCUUUUACUCGACACGCUCUGCAAAGAAAGUAAAGUCGAGCAGGCUCGUAAGAUUUUCUUGGAAUUAAAAUCAUGCAUCGCGCCUUCCGCUUAUACGUUUAACAUAUUUGUACACGGUUGGUGUAAAGUUAAUCGGGUCAUCGAAGCACAUUGGACUAUCCAAGAAAUGAAAGGGUACGGGUAUAACCCGUCGGUUAUAUCGUAUUCCACCAUCAUCGAAUCAUAUUGUCGCAAUUCCAACUUCAACAAGGCAUAUGAAAUGCUCGACGAAAUGCAAGCGCAAAACUGUCCUCCUAACGUUGUAACGUUCACCACCAUCAUGUGUUAUUUGAAGAAAAACGAGGAAUAUUAUGAAGCGUUACAGAUACCCGAGAAAAUGAAGUUAUUUGGAUGCAAGCCCGAUACGCUUUUCUACAACGCGUUGAUUCAUACAUUAGCGAAAGCGGGACGGGUUCGAGAAGCUGUUGAUGUUUUCGAGGUUGAAAUGCCGAGUUCCGGUAUUUUUCCGGACACGUCUACGUUUAAUUCGAUGAUUACAAUGUUUUGUCAUCAUGGUAUGGAUCAAGAAGCGUUAAAUGUUUUAAAAAAGAUGGAAAGUUCGCAACUUUGCAGACCCGAUAUACAGUCGUUUAGUCCCUUACUCAAGAUGUGUUUUAGAAAGGGAAAGACCGAUGUGUUAUUGGGUAAUCUGUUGGAUGAAAUGGUCAAUAAGCAUCAUAUUAGCUUUGAUUUGGCUACGUACACUCUUUUGAUCCACGGUUUAUGUCGAGCGAAUAAAUGCGAUUGGGCGUAUGGGUUCUUUAAGGAGAUGAUAGAUAAAGAUAUUGCACCGAGAUAUUAUACGUGUGCUUUGCUUGUUGAUGAACUUAAGCAGAAGUAUAAUUAUGUUGCUGCUGAUCAUAUUGAAGGUUAUAUGAAGCAGAUGAAGUCGUCUUGAUCAUUGAACUUGUUAUGCAUUUCUAGUGACCCUAAAUGGUAAGUCUGUAAUGGUGUUACUGUAAUGUUCUUGUAUUUUUGUUAUUGUUUUAGGAGUUCAAUGUCUGUUUCGACCGGUUUUGGCAAAAAUUCUGGGCCGAACCACUAACUACAGUUUUGGGGAACGACAAACCAAACCGACCAAGUUGGGUGGGUGGGUCAGCCAGACCGUCUGAUUUUACUAGUCUACUAGUUUGGCGGUUUAAUGGUUCGGUUGUGACGUUUUGUCAGUUUGAAUCAGUUUUCAUAUUCCAAAACAUUAGUUUGUAUUAAAAUCAUUAAAAUGAUAUAGAUGGUUCAUAUGAUUA